CCUGUCUGUGUGUGCGUCUCGUACUCUCUCUCUCUUUCCUUGUUGGCAACAGCGUCUUUGCUGUUGGCAGGAGUGACCCGAAUAAAAACAGCAACACCAGACAGACGAGGAAAAAAAGCAAAGUGAUCCAGUGAACCGGAGUCAUUGCCCCCUCUUAAUUACGUAGAGUCUCACAUCUUUUCCCUUUUUUUCACCUUUUCCGCCGCUCUGUAAGACUUUGGGCUCGAGGUAAUUAGCUUGAAGAGAAUAAAACCUGCUGAUCGGGAGAGGGGUGGUGCAUUUUGGAGCGAGAUGGCUAACAGAAGCAUUCUGUUGCUCUUCUGUGGACUCUUCCUCUUAGCACUGAUUCAGCCUUCUCUACAAGGAGGUGUGUAUGUGCCACCUGGUGCUGGAAUCGGACCAGGAGGCGCUGGAGCAGGCACUGGAUUCUUUCCAGGGUCUGUUGGAGGAGUCCCUCCAGGCUAUAAACCAGCCAAAGCUGCAGGAGGUUAUGGAGGUGGAGGCUAUGGAGGUGGAGGCCAUGGAGGUGGAGGCCAUGGUGUAGGCCCAGGUGGUUUGGUGCCAGGAGGUGUUGGACCUGGUGGCCAGGCGUUUGCAGGUUAUGGAAAUUUAGGAGGAGGUGGUUUUGGAGGUGGUGGCCCUGGAGCAGGUGGUUAUGGUGGAUAUGGAGGAGGCACUGGGGGCUUUUUUCCAGGAGCUGGACAGAAAGCUGCUAAAAGAGGGACAGGAGGAACAGUGCUCGGGGCAGGAGGAGUUCCUAUAAGCACAGGAACUGGAGCUGCGUUGCCCAUUGGAGUACCUGUUAUCCCUCAGACAGGCCUUCCAGGAGGGGGAGCCGGUGGUGCGGCAGGAAAGAAAGCUUCCAAAGUGCCAGGUAUGGGUGUGCCUGGACUUUACCAAGGUGGACAAGUGCCAGGAAAAGGGUUUGGUGGACGUGGAGUUCUUCCUGGUGUGCCAAUGGGAACUGACCUGAAUCAAAAAUCAAUUGCAGGUGGAGGACAGGGAGGAGGUCAAGGACCAGGAAGCCGUGGGUAUGGUGGCCAGAUGCAACCAGGGGUGUUUCACGGAUACCCGCUCAAAUCACCACAGGUGCAAGGUGGCUAUGGAGCAAAACCUGGAGGAGGAAAACUUCCCUUUGGUUAUGGAGGCUUCGGUAACGGUGGAGCUGGACUGCCAGGAGGAACAGCUGGUUCCAAUCCUGGAUAUCCGGUUGGAACUGGAGUGGGACCAGGGGGCAUCUCACCUGCUCAGGCCAAAGCUGCCAAAUAUGGUUUGGGUGGUGGUCUAGGAGGUGUUGGCACUGGAGGUGUUGGCACUGGAGGAGUUGGGCCUGGUGGUGUUGGCGGUACUGGUGGAUUCUAUCCAGGGCUGGUGCCAGGAGGAGUGGGACCAGGGGGCCUCUCACCUGCUCAGGCCAAAGCUGCCAAAUAUGGUUUGGGAGGUGGCGGAGGAAGUGUUGGCCCUGGAGGUGUUGGCCCUGGAGGUGUUGGCCCUGGAGGUGUUAGACCUGGAGGUGUUGGCACGGGAGGAGUUGGGCCAGGUGGUGCUGGUGGUGCUGGUGGAUUCUAUCCAUGGCUGGUGCCAGGAGGAGUGGGACCAGGGGGCAUCUCACCUGCUCAGGCCAAAGCUGCCAAAUAUGGUUUGGGUGGUGGUGGAGGAGGUGUUGGCCCUGGAGGUGUUGGCCCUGGAGGUGUUGGCACUGGAGGAGUUGGGGCUGGUGGUGUUGGCGGUACUGGUGGAUUCUAUCCAGGGCUGGUUCCAGGAGGAGUGGGACCAGGGGGCAUCUCACCUGCUCAGGCCAAAGCUGCCAAAUAUGGUUUGGGUGGUGGUGGAGGAGGUGUUAGACCUGGAGGUGUUGGCACUGGAGGUGUUGGGCCUGGUGGUGUUGGUGGUGCUGGUGGAUUCUAUCCUGGGCUGUUGCCAGGAGGAGUGGGACCAGGGGGCCUCUCACCUGCUCAGGCCAAAGCUGCCAAAUAUGGUUUGGGUGGUGGUGGAGGAGGUGUUGGCCCUGGAGGUGUUGGCCCUGGAGGUGUUGGCACUGGAGGAGUUGGGGCUGGUGGUGUUGGCGGUACUGGUGGAUUCUAUCCAGGGCUGGUUCCAGGAGGAGUGGGACCAGGGGGCAUCUCACCUGCUCAGGCCAAAGCUGCCAAAUAUGGUUUGGGUGGUGGUGGAGGAGGUGUUGGCCCUGGAGGUGUUGGCCCUGGAGGUGUUGGCCCUGGAGGUGUUGGGCCUGGUGGUGUUGGUGGUGCUGGUGGAUUCUAUCCAGGUCUGGUGCCAGGAGGAGUGGGACCAGGGGGCCUCUCACCUGCUCAGGCCAAAGCGGCCAAAUAUGGUUUGGGUGGUGGUGGAGGAGGUGUUGGCACUGGAGGUGUUGGCCCUGGAGGUGUUGGCCCUGGAGGUGUUGGCCCUGGAGGUGUUGGCACUGGAGGUGUUGGUGGUACUGGUGGAUUCUAUCCAGGGCUGGUGCCAGGAGCAGGAUAUGGGGCUGCGGCCAAGGCUGCUAAAUAUGGGAUAGGACAAUUAGGAACAGGAGGACAAUUUGGAACGGGAGGACAAUUUGGAACGGGAGGACAAUUUGGAACUGGACGGCAAAUCGGAACUGGAGGACAACUCGGAACUGGAGGACAAUUAGGAACAGGGGGAUACUCUUCUGCUGCCAAAGCUGCUAAAUAUGGAGCACUGGGAGGAGCCGGACGACUGGGAGGUGGAGGGGGACUGGGUGGAGCAGGAGGACUUGGAGGUGGAGGAGGACUGGGAGGUGGAGGAUACCCUGCUGCAGCAGCUGCUGCUGCUAAAGCUGCUAAGUAUGGGGCACUGGGAGGUGCAGGAGGACUGGGAGGCGCAGGAGGACUAGGAGGAGCCGGAAGACUGGGAGGAGCAGGAGGACUGGGGGGUGGAGGAUACCCUUCUGCAGCAGCUGCUGCUGCUAAAGCUGCUAAAUAUGGGGCACUGGGAGGCGCAGGUGGACUGGGUGGAACAGGACAAGUUGGCCCGGGAGGACUUGGAGGUGCAGGAGGAUACUCUGCCGCUGCCAAAGCUGCUAAAUAUGGAGCACUGGGAGGAGCAGGAGGACUGGGAGGUGGAGGAUACCCUGCUGCUGCAGCUGCUGCUGCUAAAGCUGCUAAAUAUGGUGCAGGAAGUGGUGUUGCUGGAGGUGCAGGAGGAGUUCCUGGAUUCCCACUCUUACCAGGAUAUGGAUCUUUAGCAACUGGUGCCAAUCCUCCACAAUAUGGAGUGGCAGGAGGAGGACAAGCAGGAGGUAGACUUCCAGGAGGAGCAGGACAGAUACUACCUGGUUUUGGCAGUUACGGUGGUUAUGGUGCUGGUGCUGGAGUCAAACCCCCGAAAUAUGGAGGAGCAGGGGCAGGGUUAGGAGCAGGAGCAGGGUUAGGAGCUGGAGGAUUUGAUGGGACAGGAGGAGCAGGAGGAGUAAUACCCGGGGCAGGUGGCCAAUACUCUGCUGCUUCAAAAGCAGCUAAAUACGGAGGCAUCACUGGAGUAGGACUUGGUGGUGUGCCAGGAGCUACUCCAGAUACAGCCAUCAGAGGUGUUCCAGAUGGUUCUGCUGUUGUGUCACCUGGUGGGACUCUAAAACCAGAAAAGGAUUUUUUUCCUGGUGGAACUGCUGGACCAGAGCUCACGGCUAUUAAUGCAACUGGCAAGGCCCCAGAGGUCCAGCAGCCCAUUUCUGGUGGAAUUUCCCAGCCUAAUGCUGGCACAAGCGUUGGUGGAACAGGUGUUGGAGCACCCCCUGCUGUUGCACCUGGAGUCCAACAACCCGGAGGUUUUCCUGUUGGCACUGGUGUCAAAGCCCCAAAACCGUUUUUCCCAGGUGCUGGAGGUGGAUAUCCCUAUGGUGGAACAUAUGGAGCUGGCGGAGGAGCCGGAGGCAGAGUUGGAAUCCCACUGGCAGCAGGAACUUAUCCAGGGGGAUACAGUCCAUAUCAUCAUGGUUAUGGACAGGCAGGUGGGUUGACGUAUCCCUCAGGAGUUGGACUGGGAGGUGCUGGUGGUGGAGGUAAAGGCCCCAAACCAGGCUAUGGGAAUCUUGGAGUUGGUGGUGCUGGAUAUCAGCCACAAGGAGUGGCUCCUGUAGCUCCGGGUUAUGGAGGUGGUUACCCACAGCAGAACUACCAAGGUGGAUACGCACCAGCCCAACUGACUCCUCAACAAGGUGGAUACGUACCAGCCCCACUGACUCCUCAACAAGCCAAAGCAGCAAAGUACGGUCCACUGCAGAGAUUCUUAGGUGGAGCAGGAGGAGCAGCAGGAGGAGCAGCAGGAGGAGGCGUCUACAGAGGUGGAGUCGCAGGAUGCCAGGGCAAAUACUGCGGGAGGAGGAAGUAGAGGAUCUCUUGAGAUCCAGUGUGACCUCAAGAAAACUAUGGUGCUACUGCAUGAUUGAGAAUGUACAUUUUAUAUACCAACAAACCCCCAUUAGACAAUGUGUAAAGAUGAUUGUUGCAUUGACCUGACGUCAGUGUCUGUUUUUAUACAAACCCACCGACCCACAGUCUCGUACACGUUCUAAUGUGACGUAUUGAUAGUCAUUGUUCGUGCCUUUAAUCAUGAAUGUGGUCACGUUAUUCAGCUUUAACUUCCUGUACUCCACCAAGCUACGUAGAAUACAACGUUUUUUGUGUCACCUUGUGUUGUAAUGUCUGCGUGUGUGUGUGUGUGUGUUUGUGUGUGUGUGUGUGUGUGUGUGUGUGUGUGUGUGUGUGUCUGUUCAGUGUUGUUUUGGCAUAUGGUUGUACUGUUGUGCUAAAGACUGUCUGAACCAUCGUCUGUUGUUGUGACCUACCAACGAUUUCCCUCUCGGGUUUUUAAUCCUAAAGCAAGGUGAUCUGUCCUCAGUGUGGCACAGAUCUUCUCUCUGACAUAUCACAGGGGCUGGGUUGGUCUGGGGCUCGUCCAAAAAAACUGAAAUCUGGCCAAUCCCAGCGUCGUCUCUGGCUCCCCGUCUUUCCUUCGCUGCUAUUUUUAGGCCUGCUGGGUAAGAGCUGCGGGAAUCGGGGCUCCGGCCAAACCAUCUGCUCACAGUAACUUUGCUGAGUCUUGUUGCUAUGCAGUUCAGUUUUCUCAGCAUUUUUAAUGUUGCCAAAACUUGUGAUGUAUGAAGAGCAGCUGCUGCUCUGAGGAAAAGUGCUGAAGACAAUGAAAAAUGUUAGUUAAUUACAGAAUGUUUAAAAAAAAAAAACGAAAGCAAAGUGUUGCCUUUUAGUUCCAAGAAGAAUAAAACCAUUCAGAUGCUACUCUGUCAUGUACAUUUAUGUAUGAAUGUAUGAAAGCUUCAGAAGUAACGUGUCGCUGUCCUAACGUCUGGGACAGAGUCUGCUUCACAUGUUUAGUCCCAUCGCAGCACUUAUCUACAUUUACCUAACUUUGUCAUUACAUGAUUACCAAAGAUUAUUUUGCACCAUGUUUUUGACCCAUAGCUUUAUUGUUAUCAGGAAUAUGUGACCAAGAACAAACCCUUGCUUUUUGCAUUUACUGUUAAGAACUGUAAGACUUGGUUUGACAGGAGCGCCCACAGUGUGUCAACGUGAGGCACGAGCACCUGUUGUUCUUCAUUUACUUGAGCUGCUUUUAAAAAGGCUUUACUGACCAAAGGUUCAUGAGCGCUGUUUGCCAAGUGACCCAUCUUUUUUUGUGUGUAACUGUGUACUGUAUUUUGUACUAAUUUGAUGUUAGCUGGCUUCAGCAGCUCUGCUCGGUGCUGUGUGAGAACUGUCUUUGAGCCUCGCAGGGUCAGACCUUGUCUUAUGUGCCGUGAGAUACUCUUCAUCUUUAUUUAAAACAGUUUUUUUAUGAGGAGGAACAGUAUGGUUUUUGCACUUUUUUUUUAUAUUUCCAUGACACACAUGUGACUUCCUGGCAUUUUAUUUGCUUCAUUAAACAACAAAAUAAAAGGUGUUUAAAUA